GUUCGUGCCUGCAGACUGACUCGCCUCUCCCUUACAGCACUCCCAUCCACCGUAAAGACGAGCUUUUUGCGGAAGGAGAACGCUUUUUAUAUACAUGCUGUAGCUGGAGCAUAGAGGCAGCUGUGUUCUUUCUGUAUCUUCUCCUGUGCUUUCCUCUCGUCACUGAAUGAAAGAGGGAGGCUGUGAGAGAGAGAGAGAGAGGGAGAGACGGUGCAGGUUCUGGAGUGGUCUGUCAAUGUGAUUAGGUAAACGUCGUUGAAGCGCAUGCAUUCACUUGUAUUUCUUUACAAACAGGAGAAGUGGACCUGUGUCUUCUGCACUGCAACGGUCGGUUCCAACUGAGCCAUCCAGACUUUAGUGCCUUUACAGGAAAAGUGCAGUGCUAACUUUCUACGUUUAAAAAAUUACUAAAAAGAUCGGAUUGCAUUUUUUCCUUCAAACAUUUUUGAGGUGAUGUCAUCGCGCUCUGUUUUGGCUGGUAUUGUGCCGGAGCUCAGGGAGGACCGCAGCCAGGCAACCAGCGGUUGAAACGGUCGGGGAAGUCCGAGAAAUCAGGUGCAGAGAGCGCCUGUCAUUUCCGUGCUGUCGCGGGUGGCUGGGUCCGCCACCCAGUCACAGCUGUUCCCAUCCUCUCCAACUCCCCCUCCCUCCAUCCCUACCUCUAUCUCCCUCCCCUCCUCCCUUUCAUUCAACUCUCUCCAUCUCCAUCUGAGCUGGACCGCUACGGGCUCUUAUCCACAUUAUUUGACACUGUUGUUCGGUGUCCCCGGGGCCAGAGACUUCGUGACCCAUCGUGGGGUCGCAGCCAUGACCGAGCCCGCCCUGCAGCACCCGGCGCCCGCAGAGGCCCCUUCUUCACGCCGCCCUCGCCUCCAACCCGUCCAGGUACCCCGCAUCCCGCAGCGCCUGGCAUUGCCUCGCAGGGACUAGAGACCUUGGGCUCCAGCCUGCGUCCAGACAACCACUCCUCCCUUACCAUCCCUCAUUCUGCGUCUCAUCUCUUCAAAUUCGUCUCUAAUGUGGACUUCUCUCGGAAUAAAGUUAUUGACCUAGUAUAAACUUUAUUGUCGCACUAAAACACCAAUACGAACGUGGAUUACGCAUAAGAUUACCGGGAGAAAACAUCGUCAAUAAAUGACAUUGGAGUGAUUUUGACUGACAUUAGUUUCAUUAUUGAUACGUAGCAGGUGAGUCGAUUGGAGUUUAGCCUCUAUGAGUCGUGAACGCGCUUUCACCUGUUCCUCUCCAGCCCGGAGGUGCGCAACUGUUUGAUGACCUAACCUCCCCCCGCGCCCCGCCCCUCCCCGUUGCACCGGCCACCGUGACAGCCAAGAGAGGUAGCCCUCCAGUCACAGUGGCACGGCCACCCCCCGCCCCACAACCUGCCCUGCCCGCGCCCUCACACCCACCCCGCCGAUGCCAACGGGAGUGUCCGCUGACUCUUUGACCCUCCACUCCGUCCAGCGGAUUAUAAAAACACAAGUGAACUCUCCGGACUGUCGGACCGGCUCUGACCGAGCGAGGCGAUUGACUCUGGGCGAAGUUCCCUAGUGGAGGGGGAAGCGAUGCGGUCCCUUCUCUCCACGCUGGCUGUCUUUCUUUGACCAUAUGGACACGGCAGUUUUUGAUGGGCAUGGUUCAUGGAUGCUCUGGCCUGGGUAUUCGACGUCUCAUCUCUUCCCAUCGGUCACCAUAGAAACGUGUCAAAGAAGAUGCAUCCAGAUGUUGCUGGUGAUGUGCAAUCCAUUGCAGCAGGUGUUUGGCGUGGAUGGGGUUAACUUCAGCGUGCACGUGGAGAACCAGACCCGGGUGAGAGAUGCUAUGAGCCGGCGGCACCACCGGGUCUACCAGCUCUACAGCCGCACCAGCGGCAAACACGUCCAGGUGCUGGGGAGACGCAUCAGUGCCCGCGGAGAGGACGGAGACAAAUAUGCCCAGCUUGUAGUGGAGGCCGACACCUUUGGUAGCCAGGUGAGAAUCCGUGGCAAAGAAACCAACUUCUACCUGUGCAUGAACCGCCGCGGCAAGCUGGUGGGAAAGAAGGCCAGUAAUAAAAGUGAAGACUGCGUGUUCGUGGAGAAGGUUCUAGAGAACCACUACACCGCAUUGAUGUCAUCACGCUACGCAGGCUGGUACGUUGGCUUCACCAAGCGGGGGCGACCUCGCCGCGGCCCCCACACGCUGCCCAACCAGCAGGACGUCCACUUCAUGAAGCGCUUCCCGCCCGGGGAGUACCCUGAAACCACUCCCUUCCGCUUCACAACGGUCAACAAGAGGAGCAAGAGGGUCCGUGCCACCGGGCCCCGCUAGCAGCUAACGCUAAUGGCUACCCUCCAUCCACUGCCCAUUGCCACCUGUACCUGCUUAUUCAGUAAUCGCUAACAUGAUAACAUUGACCCUUCCUCUGGACUUUAAUACAUGCUAAUUGGCUAACCUGAAGCUAAUCGAUAAUGGGAUAACAUUGACCCUUCCUCUGGACUUUAAUACAUGCUAAUUGGCUAACCUGAAGCUAAUCGAUAAUGGGAUAACAUUGACCCUUCCUCUGGACCUUAAUACGUGCUAAUUGGCUAACCUGAAGCUAAUAGAUAAUGGGAUAACAUUGACCCUUCCUCUGGACUUUAAUACAUGCUAAUUGGCUAACCUGAAGCUAGUGGGCCAGUGAUACACCCAGAUAGUGGGCCAGUGAUACACCCAGAUUCCUGACCCCACCUAACGCUUCCCGCUACUGGGAUAACAUGUACCUUACUCUGGACCCUGAUUGGUAGGUUUACUAACUGUGCUAGUGCCACAGUACAUCCACUAACUUGACACUUGGCCCUGCUAAGCCGUCACUGCACUAGGCUCCACGAUCUCUGUCCAUUGACUGAAGGCCACUAGCUUGUAGCCCUGCUAUCACAACUAGCCCAUCAACCUGGCCCACUCCCCUGACAGGCCCAGACACUAUGACAAGGCCCCUGAAAGCUAGCUAAACUGAUGACCAGGCUUUCCAACCUGUGUAGGCCUCGUUUCCCUCCAACCUCCAAGCUUGAACAUAAUGGUGCUAUUGCACUGUCACUGGCCAGUUAAUCACUAGUUUAGAACGGACAAACAAAAAAAGGGUCACUUUGCUGGUUUAUCAAGCAGCCAUUCUUUAAGGUAAACACUAUUGCUCUGCUAAACAAGAAUGAGUUCAGUGUGUUCUCGAAACUGCGGGUUUAAACUCUUUCUGAGGGCUAAAACGUAGCUAAGCUAGCUACACCGUGAUAGACCCAACCUUACUCACAGGCUUGGACCAGUUCAGCUAUCUGACGCUGUCCAGGACUCCCUGGAUGAUACCCACUUAAUGGACCAAAAGACAGAGACAUGAGAGACAGACAGGUGGACAGACUGAAAGUCUAUGAGACAGUGGCGUCAUGAGAGAAACUGUGGAGCAACCGGUGGACAAACAGCGCAAGGAACACAGGAAGCCAGUGGAGUGGUGAUCAAGCCACAGUACGGGACUAGACAGAAUGGCACUGUGGAGAAAUGGAUGGACUGCUUUGACGCACUUCUCUCUGUCUCACCCCCCUUGGGUGAGAAGAAUCUGUGAGACUUGGGGUGAAUGAAUGUGAAUGUAUGUACAGUAUGUGAGUGUAAGGGCACCAAAGACUAUUUGGGGGGGGGGGAUCUAGAAAGGGACUAGAGGCCUAAAUUAUCCCCAAGGCAACAUCCCCUGGCAACUCACUGAAGUGACGGAAGCUUUAAGAACUGGAAUGUACAAACCGAGCUGAACCAAAAAACAAACCAAAUCUAAUGACCACCAAAGACAACUGGAGACCAGCGCCAUGACACCUCCCCAAUUCCCACUGCCAGGACAGAAUGCCCUCUUCUUAUAGGAUCAGAGGGUGAUGACGGGCGCGUGGGGGAAGGGUGCCUUCUCUUCAUAUAUGCGUUGCUAUAGAAACGACCCGGGAUGACGCUCCUGUGCGAUACCAUGGAUACAGAAUGCUGCUACCAGGACAUUCAGUGGAACACCAAAGUCUUAUACACAAAAUAUAAAGGGAACAAUUUAUUAAAAGUUAUAUAAAGAUGACCAAAAAAAACUAAAUAAGCGAUCUUUUUAUGAUUGUUACUAUAAUUGUUGAUAUUAUUAUUAUAAAAUUAUUUCUUUUAUUUAUUUCAGCUCUGUGUGCAGCAGUCUUUCUCAAGUCAGUAAACCUCCAUCCAGAAACCUGUCUACUGUGUCAUAAAGCAUCUAUACACAGCACAGGAGGUUGGUGGCACCUUAAUUGGGGAGGACGGGCUCGUGGUAAUGGCUGGAGUGGAAUGGUAUCGAAUACAUCAAACAAUCUAAUCAAAUUUGAUUGGUCACAUGCACAUGGAUAGCAGAUGUUAUUGCAAGUAUGGUGAAAUGCUUGUGCUUCUAGUUCCCGGCAUUGCAGCAAUAUCUAACAAUUCUACAACUACUACCUGAUACACACAAAUCUAAGUAAAGGGAUGGAAUAAGAAUAUGUACAAAUACAUAUAUGGAUGGGCCAUGACCUACCCGCAUAGACAAGAUGCAGUGGUUGGUAUAAAACAGUACAUACAACUGGGAUGAGUAGUGCAAGAUAUGCAAACAUUAUUAAAGUGUAAUUAAUAAAGUGACUAGUGAUCCAUUUGUUAGAGUGGCCAAUGAUAUCAAGUCUGUAUGUAGGCAGCAUCCUCUCGGAGUUAGUGAUUGCUGUUUAACAGUCUGAUGGCCUUGAGAUUGAAAAAUAGCUUCUAUCUCUCGGUCCCAGCUUUGAUGCACCUGUACUGACCUCACCUUCUGGAUGGUAGCGGGGUGAACAGGCAGUGGCUCGGGUGGUUGUUGUCCUUGAUGAUCUUUUUUGUCUUCCUGUGACAUCGGGUGCUAUAGGUGUCCUAGAGGGCAGGUGGUUUGCCCCCGGUGAUGCGUUGUGCAGACCACACCCCCCUCUGGUGAGCCCUGCGGUUGUGGGCGGUGCAGUUGCCAUACCAGGCGGUGGUACAGCCCGACAGGAUGCUCUCAAUUGUGCAUUUGUAGAAGUUUGUGAGGGUUUUAGGUGACAUGGUUUCCAUGUGUUUGCUGCCAUUCCAUUCUCUCUGUUCCAGCCAUUAUUACGAGCCAUCCUCCCCUCAGCAGCCUCCACCGAUACACAGGUACACAACCCCUCCAUCAUCAUAAAUUGACAAUAUUUACUGAACUAUGUGGAACAUAAGUCUUCCACAAGAGAGUGUUUCCGUUUUUGGAAAUAUAUAGACACAAUAUUAACAUGUGGGUCUUGUAUGGCCCUAUUAGCUUAACAAAAACCUGCAUUUCUUACUCUACUUAUAUUCCUGACCACUGAUCUGAAAGCAUUGUGGAAAAUAACAGUAGGCUUCUGCAAAGCAGUAGUAUCAUUUUCUUAUUAUUUCUCUCAACCCACGAAUAUAGGCCGACACCUAACCCCCUUCAUCCCACCUAACCCACCACACAAACAACCCUCCAACACCAUCCCAACACACAAUUCUAUCAGGGAACUACCAUGAGACUUCAACAUGGUUGCAUCACAAUAAAUGUAAUCUUGAUUUACUGUAUUAAAUGCUCUUGGCCCCCAUGGCGUCCACCAUGGUUCUCUACCUCA